GGGCUGUCAUCAGUCACCAAGAACAAUGGACUACUCAAUAUCACCUUUAAAUAUGACAACUGCACGCCUUAUCUGAAUUCAGUGGGAAAACACAUGAUUGGAGAUGUGCAGAAUAUAACUAUCAGUCAGUAUGCAUGUUAUGAACAGGUUGCAGUGACGAUACUUUGGACAGCAAAUGCCAUCGGGAUUGAAUACCUGAAAGGAUUUCGAGUAAUACUUGAAGAGUUAAAAUCAGAGGGAAGACAAUGCCAGCAGAUGGUUUUAAAAGAUCCAAAGCAGCUCAGCCCCAGUUUUAAACGAACAGGGAUGGAAUCCCAGCCCUUUGUAAAUCUGAAGUUUGAAACAGAUUACUUUGUAAAGAUUGUUCCUUUUCCUUCCAUUAAAAAUGAAAGUAAUUAUCAUCCAUUUUUCUUCCGAACUAGACCAUGUGAAUUGUUGCUACAGCCAGAAAACCUUGUCUGCAAACCUUACUGGAAGCCAAGGAAUCUGAAUGUUACCCAGCAGGGUUUUAACAUGCAAGUGUCCUUUGAUCAUGCACCUCAUAGCUUUGGGUUUAGAUACUACUUUCUUCACUACAAACUGAAGCAUGAAGGCCCAUUUAAGCAAAAGACCUGCAAACAGGAGCAAAACACAGAUACUACAAGUUGUAUUCUUCAGAAUGUAUCUCCAGGGGAUUAUAUAAUUGAGCUGGUUGAUGACACUAAUACAACGAGGAAAACAAUGCACUAUGCGCUAAAACCAGUACAUUCUCCGUGGGCUGGACCAAUAAGAGCUAUUGCCAUUACAGUCCCUUUAGUUGUCAUUUCGGCAUUUGCAACGCUUUUCACAGUGAUGUGCCGCAAGAAACAGCAAGAAAAUAUAUAUUCCCAUCUGGAUGAGGAGAGCUCAGAAUCUUCAGCAUAUGCUGCAGGUCUCCAUGUGGAAAGACUUCGUCCCCGGCCAAAAGUGUUCAUCUGCUAUUCCAGUAAAGACUGCCAGAAACACAUUAACGUCAUCCAAUGCUUUGCUUAUUUUCUUCAGGACUUCUGUGGCUGUGAGGUGGCUCUAGAUUUGUGGGAAGACCUAAAAAUUUGUAAAGAAGGUCAGAAGGAGUGGCUUAUUAAAAAAAUAAACGAGUCCCAGUUUAUCAUCAUUGUGUGUUCCAAGGGAAUGAAGUACUUCGUUGAAAAAAAGAACUGGAAACACAGAGGGGUAACGAAAGAUGCAGGAAAAGGAGAACUCUUUCUGUUUGCUGUAUUGACUGUUGCAGAGAAGCUUCGUCAAGCAAAGCAGAAUUCAAAUGACCUCUGCAAGUUCAUUGCAGUCUACUUUGAUUACUCCUGUGAAGGAGACAUCCCUGGUAUUCUGGAUCUAAGUACAAAAUACAAACUCAUGGACAAUCUUCCUCAGCUGUAUUCACAUUUACACUCCAGAGAUCUUAGUGUACAGGAUUCAGAGGUGUUUCCUGUUAACAUUAGUAAAAGGAAUUAUUUCAGAAGCAAAUCUGGGAGGUCCCUUUAUGUUGCCAUUUGCAAUAUGCAUCAGUUCAUUGAUCAGGAACCAGAUUGGUUUGAGAAACAAUUUAUUCCCUUCCCUCCACCUUCUUUACAUUACUCAGAGCCUGUCAUGGAAAAAUUUGAUUCGGGCUUGGUUUUAAAUGACUUAGUGAAUAAACAGGUGAUGGAUGGUGAUUUUUACCUGAAAACAGAUGUAAACAUUAUUUCAGCUGGGAAUUCAGACUCUCACUGUAUAAUUCAGCACUUAAACCUUGGAGAAGAUACAGAAACUCAGGACAUUCAAGGUGGUGGCAGCUCUGUUCUUCAGCCAUUGUUACAUGUUGUUAAAGCUUCAAAUCUUAAAGAUAUGCCUCGAGAUUCUGGAAUCUAUGAUUCGUCUGUUCCUUCAUCUGAAUUAUCCUUACCUUUAAUGGAAGGACUAUUGACAGACCAAAUUGAAACAUCUUCCAUUACAGGAAGUGUUUCUUCAUCGUCAGGUUUAGGGGAAGAAGAACCUCCUGUAAUCACUGCUACAAAAUUCUUAGUGCCUGGAAUAUGUAAAGCAGAACUUCAUUGCCAUAUCCAUACUGACGAACUGCAGGCAAUUGCUCCUUUAUAAUACAUUACAACUUCGUUAUGCAUUGCCACUUUAUCAACAGCCUCUGUUUGUACUUUAACUACCACACUGUCGCAGCACUAAAUCUACUUGAAGGAACAAAUACUCCCUGAAGAAGAUCUGUUAUUCCUAAGGGAUUUUUUUUAUGGCCAGUAAACUUGAAUUUGUUGAUCAUUUUAUAUAAAGUCUUUCAUGAUUUGAAAAAUGCAGCAUGGAAAAAUAGAUGAGAAUACAUUUCAGAAUUAUUCCUAUUACUAAUUUAAAUGUCAUGAUAUUACACUGUUUACAGAUGCCAUAAUCAAAAGUGACCUUUUUU